CUAAACUUACAUAAAAAAAAAGGAAGAUUAAAUAAAAAAAGAGAAAGAAAUAUAAGAGCUUCCUCAAUCGAUCUUCCAUUUUUCUUCUUCUUCAUUGUGAAAUUUGAGUCCAAUGACUGUCACUGGUCGAAUUUUCCACCUGUAGUCAAUUUGAAGAAAUUUAACCAGUUUGUUCUACUGGAAAAAUUUCUGGUUUCACACUUGUGUUGACUCUUUCACUGGAAAAAAAGAAACGAAAAAACUCCGAAGAGUCUUCUCUGGGCAGUGUUAAAAGGUAAGGAGCAAUGUUCAGGGAAGCUGGCUUAAGAAACAUAGGAGAGGAUGUUGAUUCGAGGUGGACGAUUGGUAAUCGGAAAUUGGAUGCUAAGUCUGUUCCCAAUGCCAAUUCUGGUCAUGGUUUUGGAUUCAGGAGUGCUCCUCCAUUGUCUUCAUCAAUUAAACCCGUGAGAGGUAAUAACAAUGGUGGUUCAAGUUCAGACAUGGACAUUGCUUCUGAUUCAGAUGAAGAGAUAUUCGAGAGGCAACACUCUCCUCAAGAUUAUAGAAUUCAUCUUGGUUUGCCUCACGUCGCAGCUCAAAAUGGACUUGGACGUAAUGGUGCUAAGGUCUUUGGUGCUGCUGAUGAUUUAUCUGACUCAGCUACUAGCACUGAAGUUUCAUAUGAAGCAGAAGCUUGUGGUGUGCGGAACAAUAUAUCUUCACAUAAUGAAUUUGAAAGACGAAAUGUUGAGGCUGGAACUUCAGGAAGGACUCUGAACGGGACAAGCACUUCAACAAGUUCAUUGCCUCGUUUCCCCACCUUUCAUGCGAGUGAGCAAGGUCCAUGGUCUGCGAUGAUUGCCUAUGAAGCCUGUGUACGGUUAUGUCUUCAUUCAUGGUCAACGGAUAGUGUCAGCGAGGCUUCUUACUUCCUCAACAAUGAAUGCACCAUAAUGCGGAAUGCAUUUAGUUUGCAGAGGUUUUUCCUUCAUUCUGAAGAAGAGUUACUGGGAAAGGGACCUUCUGAGUUGGUUACUGAGACGUCUGUUCCAAAAUCGAAGAAGACUAUUGGAAAAAUUAAACUCCAAGUUCGUAGAAUUAAAAUGGGAUUAGAUCCACCACCUGGCUGUAACAUUGCAACACUGACGGUCUCCAAGGAAAAGCUCGAAGUUGUUCGUCACCAUAUUGUGGAACUGAAUUCGACUUUAUCUUCUGGAUGGAAAGCAGCGAGGAAAGUUCAUGUCACUCCCCAAGUUCCUCUAAAUGGUUCACUUUCGCGUCAAAGUUUGGCUUACAUGCAGGCUGCUGCUCGCUACCUUAAGCAGGUCUCAAAAGCCGUUAAAAAGGAAAUUGUUACAUCUCACACUGGACCACAAACUUAUGAAGCAGUACAAGAAACAUAUUCAUGUUCAUUGAGGUUAAAGAGCUCUCCUGAAGAUGAUCAAAUUAAGACGCAACCUGGAUCUGGCGAAACGUUUAUUUUCUUACCAGAUAGUCUUGGUGAUGAUUUGAUUAUUGAAGUUCGAGAUUCGAAGGCGCAACUUCUUGGCCGUGUCGUAGCUCAGCUAGCAGCUAUGGCUGAUGAUCCGGUAAGAUUCUCUCUCUCUCACUCGCAUUAUGUUUUCAGAUUACUGAUUCCAUUAGACGCUGAAGCUGAAGAUCUUAUGUUUUUUCUUUUCUUUCUAAAUCAGAGUGAAAAACUGCGAUGGUUACCAAUAUAUCAUGAACCAGAGCAUGAACUAAUUGGGAGAAUCCAACUUACGUUUAGUUACUCAAGUAGUUUAGAUGAAAAAACUAAGUGUGGGUUGGUGGCAGAAACUUCAGCGUAUGAUCUUGUCCUAGAGGUGGCUAUGAAAGCAGAACGAUUUCAGCGUAGAAAUUUAUUAUUUAAGGGCCCGUGGCAUUGGAUGAUAACUCGAUUUGCAUCCUAUUACGGGGUUUCAGAUGCAUACACUAGAUUAAGAUAUCUUUCUUAUGUCAUGGAUGUCGCAUCGCCUACCAAGGACUGUCUUGAUCUGAUACAUGAUUUUCUAUUCCCUAUUAUAAUGACAAGCAACCACAGGGCUGUAUUGAGUCAUCAAGAGAAUCGGUUACUUGGGGAAAUUGACGAACAAAUUCAGCAGAUUCUCGCUUCAGCAUUUGAGAAUUAUAAAUCACUUGCUGAACUGUCUUUCUCCGGGAUGAAAGAUGUUUUUGAGUCUGCUACGGGGACUCCAGCACCUGCUAUAGAAUCAGCUGUCAAGCUUUAUGGUCUUCUCAACGAUGUAUUAACCCCCGAGGCACAGUUGAAACUCUGCAGAUACUUUCAGGCUGCUUCAAAGAAGAGGUCAAGAAGACAUUUAUUGGACACAAACGAUUUACUUAACAACCGUAGUGAAGGUGUACCAGUUGAUCCCAUGGUGCUUGCAGCUUCGUAUCAAAAGAUGAAGUCUCUAAUCUUAAGCCUUAAAAAUGAAAUAUCCACUGACAUAGCGAUUCAUGACUGCAAUGUGCUCCCAAGCUUUAUAGACCUUCCAAAUCAUUCAGCGGCAAUAUAUAGUGUUGAUGUCUGCAAUAGGCUCCGGGAAUUUCUUCUCGUUUGGCCUCCUCCUGGACCAUCACCUGCGGUUGUUGAUUUAGUUAUUACAACUGCUGACUUUCAGAGAGAUCUCUCUAGCUGGCACAUAAAUCCUAUUAAAGGUGGCGUUAAUGCCAAGGAGCUUUUCUAUUCAUAUAUCACAACCUGGAUUGAAGAGAAAAGGCGAGUUUUAUAUGAACUCUGCAAGCUAGAGACGUCAAAAGCAUGCGUCGAGAUUCCGGGAUUGACUUCUCCUUUUGUCGAUGAGAUGUAUGAGAGACUCAAUGGGACACUUGAUGAAUACGAUAUCAUCAUUAGGCGGUGGCCAGAAUACGCAAUAUCCUUGGAGAAAGUUGUAGCAGACUCAGAGAAGGCAAUAGUUGAAGCCAUGGAGAAACAAUUUACUGAGAUUUUAUCUCCGUUGAAGGAAAGUAAAAUAUUUGGCCUGAAAAUUGUCAAGAAAUUCACCAAAGGCACACCUAAUCCUUAUUCUGUUCCAAAAGAGCUUGGAGUUCUUCUCAACUCAAUGAAAAGAGUGCUUGACAUUUUACGCCCGAGCAUAGAGAACCGCUUCAAAUCUUGGAAUUCAUAUAUCCCUGAUGGAGAAAACAGAGUCUUGGGAGAGCGGUUAAGUGAGGUGACAGUAUUGUUAAGAUCCAAAUUCAGAAGUUAUAUGCAAGCGCUUGUGGAGAAACUUGCAGAAAAUACGAGGAUACAAAGUCACAUGAAGCUAAAGACCAUCAUCCACGACUUAAGGGAAACCACAGCGGAACCGGAUGUUAGAAACAGAAUGACGUCAUUGAAGGAUUUGCUAGACAAAACCAUCGAUCAUCUACACGGUGUUUUCUUACCAGAUGUGUUUGUAGCAAUCUGCAGAGGAAUCUGGGACCGAAUGGGACAGGAUGUGCUUCGUCUUUUGGAAGACAGGAAAGAUAAUGUGACUUGGCAUAAAGGCCCAAGAAUCGCAGUUUCUGUUUUGGAUGAAAUCUUUGCGACACAAAUGCAAAGCUUGCUUGGAAACGGUUUGAAGCCCGAGCACUUGGAGCCACCAAGAUCGAUGAUGGAACUCAGGUCUAUGCUAUGCAAAGAUUCUACGGAUUACAGAGAAGGGGGAUACAACUACUAGUACCAGAGAUUGUGAGCCGGUGAAGAAUCUGGUUCUUGUUUGGUUCAUUGGUAUGGUAUGGCCAUUGCCAAGUUUCUAUUCUUUGAACCAAGCAAAUGUAGUUAAAAGAAGGCGCGGGGGUAAACAGAGAGUUUAACUGUACUUGUAUGUUAUAAAAAAAGGUUGAAAAA